UCAGUGUGACUCCAACCAAACUGGCUUCAAAGAUGGAGACCACCAGCGGCCUCUCCAUGAGCUGCCAAUCCUUCCUCCCCGUCUCCCUUCACCGAGCAGAGGCAGAAGGCCUCGCCUCGACGCCCAGCUCAGUCGACUGUCCGGAGCGGUGUGAGGAACACGAAGAGAGCAUGUCCAUGUUCUGUUUGGAUGACCUGGAGCCUUUGUGUGAACAAUGUGCGGCUGUGAGACACACAGGACACAGAGUUUACCUCCUGACUGACGCUGCAGCCGACUGUAAGGAGGAGCUCAGAACAUCACUAAAUGGACUGAAGAACAAGAGGAUUCACUUUGAGAAAGUCACACAGAGCUGUGGACAUGCAUCCAGACACAACCAGGCUGAGUCCAAACUCACAGAGGAGCACAUGAAAAAGGAAUUUGAGAGUCUUCACCAGUUUUUGAGAGAGGAGGAAGCAGCCAGGCUGCUCGCGCUCUGGGGGGAACAGCAGGAGAAGAAGAAAGAGGCAGAAGAACAGAUACACAAAAUGAAUCAAAUGAUAAAGUCUCUGGAAGAUAAGAUCCAACUGGUUGAAGAGGAACUAGAUGUAGGAGGCGACGGGGUUGGAUUUUUAAAGCAAUACCAAGACACAAUGAAUAGUACGUGGGGAGAUGACAGGGAGCCGCAGAAGGUUUGCAGACCUCUAAUAGACGUGGCCAAACACCUGGGCAACCUUCAGUAUGCUGAGUGGGAGAAGAUGAAACACAUCGCCCCGUACACUCCAGUGACACUUGACCCCAGGACAGCCGGGCAGUCUCUGAAGGUGUCUCCUGGGUUAAACAGCGUCCAUAUCACCCCUGGACCCUCACAGGGACUGUCUGUCCCGGUCCCAGCUAACAAGGAAGGUUUCCACCCUUAUUCCUGCAUCCUGGCGAGAGAGGGCUUUGACUCAGGAGUGCACUGUUGGGAUAUUGAGGUUGGUGACACCAACAACUGGACUGUCGGUGUGGCUGCUCAGUCAGUGUCCAGAGCUGCAGAGUUCGAGGCCUGUCCAGAGACAGGACUCUGGUGUAUCAGCCUGCGAGAAGACAAGUACAUGGCUCUGACCGCUCCCGCUCAGAACCUAAACUCAGAUCACUUCAGCAGGCUGCGUGUGAGGCUGGACUGGGAUGAAGGGACGCUGGAAUUCAUGAACACUGACACUGAAACACAUCUUUUCACAUUUAGACAUCGCUUUGAUGAAAAGGUGUACCCAUGCUUUGAGAGUAUGUCGUCGAGCGGGGGCUUUGCUGUGUUGGCACAGAGAGUGAAGGUCAGCAUGGGGUCAGAUUAUGUCCCCGGUGAGGACACUGCUAUCACUGAGGUAGACAUUACCGCUGCAUCGACAAAAAGCAGCGGCAAGAUGUCAGAGUGUCGGACUGAAGACAAACACUCAGCUGGAAAGGAAAAGACAAAAGACAACAAACCUGCUGUCAAAACACAGAGCAGCAAGCCCAGGUUCAGUGUGGCCUACCAUGUUUCACUGAACAGAGCCCGAAACAUCACCAACAAUGAGUCUGACAAUCACAAACAAAUCCGGAUGAAUCAUGUUGAUCAUAUGGUUAAUCAUCCGUGUGUCAACUAACAAGAGCCUGCAGCAAUACUGAAUAAUAAUGCCGUGGUUCACAUUCAUAGUGUGAUCCUCAGUGUUUAGUGAUGCGAGCAGCAUGGCUGCAGGGAUGGACACUCCUGUGGAUGUCAAUCCUUCCACCACUUUGGUCAAUACUGAAAUAUCUCAACAACUGUUAAAUGGAUUGCCAUGAAAUGAUCGCACAGACAUUCAUGUUCAUAUCCAGAUGAAUCGUGGUGAUUCCUUGAGUUUUCAAACUUUUCAUUUCUUCAGUAUUUUGGUUUAUGACCAAAUACCUGCAAAAGUAAAUAACCCUUAUGUUCCAUCAGCUGUACUUUGUGUUUAGUGCUAUUAGCAAAUGUUAGCACGCUAACAUGCUAAACUAAGAUGGUGAACAUGGUAAACAUUAUACCCGCUAAACAUCAACAUGUUAGCACUGUCAUUGUGAGCAUGUUAGCAUGCUGGCGUUAGCAUUCAGCUCAAAGCACCGCCGUCUUGUUUACAUUUAAGAAUUGAUAAGAUUGGAUUUUUUGUUCCUAAUGAGUGUGAUGAAAAUAUAUAUUUGAUGUGUCAUUAUUUAA